UUUCUCUUUUCUUUUAAAUAAUUUUCUCCUCCUCUUUUUUCUUUUUUUGAGUUUGUCGGUUGUUUCUUCCUUGUCUUUCGCCGGUAGUAUUUGAUUUGUUAUCCAUUUUGAUUCGCCGGAAAGUCGGUUUUUGCUUCACCGGUGAUGACAGCUGGUAUUUUACCAUCGCGAAAAAGGAGCAGAAUUUUGUGCUUUUCCUAAACUGGAAUGAAAGGAGAAUUUGUUUUGGACAAAACUACCUUCGUUAUUUUGCGAAAUUUACUGGAUUCUUCCGUUUUUGGGGAUCUGAGCCGGGGUACUAUUGGAAAUUCAGUUUUAAAUUUUAUUAUGUUUGUUUGGCUUUAUUUGAAUAAGUGAAUAAACUAAAAGGAAAUCCAGCUUUACAAGUCAUUUGAUGACGAAUGCAUGCAUGAUUAUUAUACUGCCCUCCGCUCUGCUUUGGUAUCAACGCCCCUUUCUUGAGGUCAAAAAGGUCAUUUUUAAUAAAGAGUUCUAAGCUAAAAGUUACCUUUCUUGGCUUUCCGUGCAGGCUUUUUCUAAAUUUGACUUUGUGAAAAUACCUUUUCAAUUUCUACUGCUAAAAUUGAUGCUAGUGUACAACCACUAUUAAUUAAGGUACAACCCGAUACCAUUUACCUAAUGGUAUUAUCCUACUCAUUUAAACAAACAAAACUGUUUAGCCCCGACUCAUUUUAUUUUUUACAUAAGAGGUGGAUUAUUUAUUGGGUAGCUGAAAAUUUGGAUGAUUUCAGCUUUGGACAAAUAGGGGAUCUUUUAUUGUUGGCUAAGAUCUUUUUGACAACUUCUUACGCCAGCUAUGUGUGUGUGCCCAUGUCUAGUAAAAGAAGUUGGAUUGAAUGAAGCUGGACCAGUUCUAUAAAUAUAGGAUUAUAAUUGGCAAUAGCUUAGACGUAACAACUAUUGACUUUGCAACGUAGAAAAGGACGGACUUUUUUCUAUGCACUACGUGUUUGCUUCACAUGGAGUAUAUUAGUUGUGCGCAAGAUGCAGUUUGUUUUUUCAUAUUGAAAUGUUAAUUUGCUAGAUUGAUAAGAAUUGAUUAGUAGUAGCAAUAGCUGGACCUGGUAAAAAUAACUUUCAAAAAGUUAAAGAAUGAUAUUUGGACCUGUUCUUGUAUAUUUAUUAUAGCCUUUGCGCUUUUAUAUUCGACAAAUGUCCCUUGGACUUGUACGUUUGUUUUUGUAAUUUUGAGCAGGUUAUUGCUAGUUUAGUUGUAUUUGGACUAGUUAGGAAGGAACUGGAAUAGUUUUUUCGUGUACUCCAUAAGGACUUGGACGGUCUACAUUUUUAAUGCACGACAUAGUGUAUUUAUUGUUCUUUGCUCAAAUUACUCAACCUAACCCUAUAUAAUAUUAUUUGCACACUGUUAUUAUGAAAAGCUGACUCUAAGCAAAUUUGAGAUCAAGACAUAGAUUGAUUUAUUUACCUGAUUGCCAUGAAGAGUUGAACACUGAUUCCCUAGCAAGUCAUAAGUUGUUUUUUCACACCGACAAUUUGAUUGUUCUUCCCAAGAGGUUAUGAAUUCCAUGCAGCUAACUUAUGUCUUACAAUGUUCUUCUAAAUUUGUUCCGGCAAAAGCGAACAUGUGCUAUUUGCCUUGGGAGUAUGAAACCUGGGAAUGGUCAGGCCAUAUUCACUGCUGAAUGCUCCCACUCCUUCCACUUCAGCUGCAUCGCCAACAGUGUUAAGCAUGGAAACUACCUCUGCCCUAUCUGCAGAUGCAAAUGGAAAGAGAUUCCUCUCAUGUCGUCCUUCAGUACUGAUACAACCAUUAACAAUGCAGGACGGACUCGUGUCUCUCCACUUGAAGAUCAACCACCGGUAUCUCUGCCCCUUCCUGAGCCCCUUCACUUCUCUGAUGAUGAACCUCUUCCCAGCAUUACCGUGGAUCAGACCUCCUCCCCUUCCACCAUUCAUUCAGAAAGAGUAGUCUUGAGAGCUUUUCCAGAAUUUUCUGCUGUUGCUGCUUCUGAAGCGGUGUCAAGAUUUGCUGUUCUUGUUGGAGUAAGGGCACCUCCACUUGCUGAUGAUGCUCGGCACCAAGAGCGUGCGCCUAUCGACCUGGUCACAGUUCUAGAUGUUAGUGGCAGCAUGGCUGGAUCAAAAUUGGCUCUCUUGAAGCAAGCAGUUUGUUUUGUCAUAGAUAACUUGGGACCUUCUGACCGUCUAGCUGUUGUUACCUUUUCAUCUGGAGCUCAAAGAAACUUCCCCUUGCGAAGGAUGACAGAGCAGGGGCGUCGAGAGGCUGUACAGGCUGUCAAUUCCAUCUCAGCUAAUGGUGGAACAAAUAUCGUAGAAGGACUCAAGAAAGGAGUUCGAGUUCUUGAAGAAAGGCGUGAAAGGAAUCCAGUUGCUAGUAUUGUUCUCUUGUCAGAUGGGAGAGACACCUAUAACGGAGAUAAUGCCAACCAACGUCACAGUCCUCGGAAUCGUAGAUCCUCGAAUGCAACAUCAGGUCCAGAAUAUCUGAAUCUGUUGCCUUCUUCCAUUUGUCCUCGCAAUAGAGAAGCACUAGCAGCAGACCAGCUGCCAACUUUUCAUGUACAUACAUUUGGGUUUGGGUUAGACCAUGAUUCUUCUGCUAUGCAUGCUAUCUCAGAUGCAUCGGGUGGUACAUUUUCAUUCAUUGAGACAGUUGGUACUGUUCAAGAUGCCUUUGCAAUGUGUAUUGGUGGUCUCCUCAGUGUUGUAGCUCAGGAAUUAAAACUUACUGUUAGGUCAGCAUCACGUGGAGUGGAAAUUGGUUCCAUCCCUUCGGGACGAUAUACAAGUGAAAUUUCUGAACAAGGAAAGCAAGGUCUAAUAAACAUUGGGAACCUGUAUGCAGAUGAGGAGAAAGAAUUCCUUGUCUACUUGUCUGUUCCCUCGGCUGAAAUUGAUGGAAGCGCAACAAAGACAUCUCUGUUGAAAAUUACAUGUGGUUACAAGAAUAGCACGUCUGAAGAAAUGGUCAGUGUGGAGGGUGAGACAGUUGAGAUACGUCGGCCACCAGUGCUGUCUCCUACGGAUGUGCUAGUAAGUCGUGAGGUUGAUAGGCAGAUAAACAGGCUGGCAGUAGCAGAAACCAUUGCAGAGGCACAACAUAUGGCAGAAAAUGGAAAUCUUGAGGCUGCUCAAGCCGUUCUAGGCAACAGAAGAACCUCUCUUCUAUCUUCUGUAUCUGCCCAAGCAGGUGAUGCUCUUUGUAACUGGCUUGACACUGAACUGACUGAAAUCAGAGAGAGGAUGGCGAGCAGGGAACGCUAUGAACAAACAGGACGCGCUUAUGUCCUCUCGGGUUUGAGCUCACAUUCUUGGCAAAGAGCCACAACUAGAGGAGACACAACGACACAAAUAAUAUCGCAAGGUGGUAGCUCAAGCAACAGUGGUGCAAUUGGCUAUGAAACUCCAUCUAUGGUUAACAUGGUCUCAAAGUCACAGAAUCUAAGUCUUGCCAAUCGUGUUGAACAGGUUCCUCGUCCCAACAAGACAUGCAACUUAAUUCCAAGAUCUUAGUAAACAUUUCUAACCCAAUUCGUUCUCAGCGUGAUAGGCAACUGAACAACAACACUCUUCUCGUGAUAUAAUUCUGUGGUAUUUGACCCUACUAUACUUUUUUUUUUGCUCCAUUUGUUUUUUCUUUUAGUUCUCCAUAGUUGAAUCAUUUUCAAAUUAGAUUCUUUUGGAUUGACAUCUCUACAGUUCGGAAUAAUAUUUUAGAGCUGAUAACCGUUUGUCUGCUGAGAUCGUCCUCUUAUUAGAGAAUACUAUACUUGUCCCUUUUCGAUUC